CAAUACAUUAAAUCAAAGGGGUUUUUGGGACAAGGAGUUUGCUUCAUGCUCUUGGGAAGCCUCGAUCAGAACGGUCUCCCUGCCUCUUAAAUCAACUUUUAUUCGUCCAAUAUGUUUUCAUCGGGAACGUUUUCUUCUCAUCUCCGGCCAAAUCUUAAAUCUCACUGAAUGGGCUGAUGGGUUGAAAGUCGGAUCAAAGGGGUGGAUCUUUUGAGUUUUCCAGUUUUUGCAUCCAUGACUGAUCAUUUCUCUCUCUCUCUCCUUUUUUUCCUUCUCUCCCUGCAGUCUACAACCGUCUCUGAUGGAGAGCUGAAUCAUAGCAACUUGAAAGAUGGCGCCAGUGACACCAGCCUCAGCAGCAAUGCCAGUCUGCCCAGUGUCCAAAGCUGCCAACGACAGCGGGAGAGAAGAGUUGCCAGUUGGGCUGUUUCCUUUGAGCGGCUUCUUCAGGAUCCACUUGGUAUUCGAUAUUUUUCUGAUUUUUUACGGAAGGAAUUUAGUGAAGAAAACAUACUGUUUUGGCAGGCCUGCGAAUAUUUUAACCACAUACCUGCUCACGACAAAAAUGAGCUUUCAUUCCGAGCGCAGGAGAUCUUUAAUAAAUAUUUAUGCAGCAAAGCUACGACUCCGGUCAAUAUCGACAGCCAAGUCCAGCUGGCGGACGAUGUCCUGACUGCACCGCAUCCAAAUAUGUUCAAAGAUCAGCAGCUUCAGAUUUUCAAUUUGAUGAAAUUCGACAGCUACGCACGCUUUCUGAAGUCUCCGUUUUACCAAGAAUGUGUUUUAGCCGAAGUGGAAGGCCGUCCGGUCUCCGAUCCGCAAUGGGUCCCAAGCAGCCCUACUCAGAAGUCCAGUUUCGGUCCGGAUAUGUUCCCUGUUUCCACUCCCAGAAAGUUAGGUGGAAAAGCCAAGUCCGGCCGCUCCUUAAAUGAAGAAUCUGGAGAAGAAGACGGCGAGAAGAAGAAAAAGGGAACGUUCUUCUCCUGGUCGAGAAGCAGGAGUCUGGGGAGGUCUCAGAAGAAGAAGGAGAACGGCAAUUGUCUCAAAGAAUCUUCUCAGUCGGGCGAACUCUCCUACAGACAAAAAUCUCAAGAUUCCUUAUCUUCGGCUGCCAGUCUGGAAAUGGGCGAGCCCUGCCGACCCUCGGGACCUCCCGCCGCCAAAGAGAAGCCCCCCAAGUGUUGCCACAUCCACCUCCCCGACGGCUCCACCUCCGUUAUGCCUGUCAGAGGCGGGUUCUCCCUCAAAGAGGCGCUGUCAGACUUCUGCGAAAGGCAGCGGAUCAGCAUGGCUGCCGUCGACCUCUUUUUAAUUGGCGGCGAUAAGCCACUCGUACUGCAGCAGGACAGCAGCAUUCUGGAUUCCCAAACCCUCCGCUUAGAAAAAAGGACGUUGUUUCGGCUUGACCUGCUCCCUAUAAACAGGUCGGUUGGUUUAAAGGCUAAACCCACCAAGCCAGUCACGGAAGUCCUGCGCCCAGUCGUGGCAAAAUACGGACUGAACCUGAAUAAUCUCGUGGCCCGACUAAACGGCGAGCAAGAACCCUUAGAUCUCGGGGCUCCCAUCUCCAGCCUUGAUGGACAGAGGGUGGUUCUGGAAGAGAAGAUUUCGAAAAAGGGGAAAGACAAGGGGAAAGCCGCGUCCUUAAAACACACUGUGCCUGUAACUACUAAUGCAGGAAAUCAAGCACUCGCAGGCGAAGGAAGACCUGUUGGAAAGCACAAUUCUUUUAAAUUAAAAGGCGAGCCGGGGAAAAGCUCUCGAGCCCCAAGACAAGACGGCCUUGCUCAGACCGAAAAAAACACACGCCAGCAUUUGAAUUUGGAAGAAGCAGAGGAAUUUUUCGAACUCAUAUCCAAAGUCCAGAGUAACCGAGCCGACGACCAGCGCGGGUUGCUGAGAAAGGAAGACCUGGUUUUGCCUGAAUUCCUUCAAACGCCCCCGGGCCAGAUGGGCCUUUCCACAUCUGUCUCCAGGGAUACUGCAGGCACUCCCCCACGGACGCCCCAUCCUGACGGGCAGGAGGGCGGAAGGUGCCUGCAACCCCCAAGCAACUCGGCGGCUGGGCAGAGAGGUCCGGAGAAGGGCGGGAUGACGCCCGUGGCUCUCGCCCACGCGACCAGCGAUGGAAAUGCUCCCCGCCCUCCGAAUCUGCUUUUGCAGGGCCACCCCAGGUGGAAAGAAGAGGAGGAGACCAUGGAGGAGGAGACCAUGGAGGAGGAGACCAUGGAGGAGGAGGAGGAGGAGGACGAUGUGUUCCUGGCAGACCUCACCCUGGUGCCGGAGGGGGACAUCGCCAGCCCCCCAAGCCGCAGGCUGCCCCUCUCUGAGACGGGAAGUCCCACCGAGGUCAAAGCCGCCUCUGAGACACUCAGACCAGGUUUGCUCCACAAGCCUAGAACCCACCUCCGAGGAAGCGAGGGGAGCCUUUACGACCCAACCUCCCCAAGCCACCAUCGUGACUUCAACCCUGCCGUGAUCCGAAAGGAGACUUGUAGGCCCGAACUCCCGAUCCGUUGCGUAAUCGACGUGGACAGUGUUACGGCAUCAUUGCCAGCCCCGCGAUGGUCGUGUCCCGAACCAGAGAGCCGUGUCCUUUUUGACGGCAGCGUCUCGGAGCCCAGAGCCGGACAGCCGAAAAGACAAACGAGAACUCAAAGGACAUCCAACCUUCCCGCUGUCCCUGCGGCCGGGAGCGAGGAGAACGAGGGUCCUUGCAAGGCGACUUUCGUUUGAACGUCUCGAUGUGCAGCGCCCGGGGCGCUUUAUACUCCCUGUGGCAUUCACCUGUGGAGCCGCGGUGGUGCAGUGGUUAGAGUGGGGUACUGCAGGCUACUUCUGCUGACUGACUGCAAUUUGGCAGUUUGAA